GAGGGCAAGGCUUCUGGAUUAUUGGCAGCGGAGGCGAGUGAAUAAUAAUCGAUGACGAGGAAUCAUCAGGUGAGCCGGAAAGACGACGGCGACAAGGUCGAUUGAUGAGAGAGACAUGGAGAUUGGAGAUUGCUGGAGGUUGCUAGUCGGACGCCCUUGCCUGUCCCCUUUGCGGUGUUCCUGCAUCCGCUCGCUCCCAGCGGUCAAUCCACCCCUUCUCCUGGUCCCUCGUGAGCACUGUUCUCGGCGGCCUCUGCUGCCUGCCUCAUGAACCACAUGAACUGCACUACAUACUGAAACAAGCGGCGCCCUCUCUUUGUGUGUGUCGAGACUUGAUGAUGGCUGGAUCCAUAUGACCGCCCAUGAUUUCUGCAUCUUUGCCGUCCCUGGAUGCAUAUCGCCUGCCUAUCAGAGGGUUGAGUUCGAGAGCUCUCUUAUUAUCCUUGAAUUCUGCUCCCAACUCCAUGUCUCUUCACCUCCGACCACACAAGCGCAUCCAACACCGCAGCAUCCAAAAUCCACCAUUUCCGUCCCUACGGACAACACUCGUGCCUAUAGCAACCCCAACUCCCUGGCUUAUUAUCACCAUCUCCGCAUUUGUGACUGGCCAGCGCUUGUGGCGGGCGGGGUGAAAAAAAGGAGUCUUGGAGGUCCGUCACCCCACGGUAGCACACAUCCUCUCCAUUGCACGCUCCUCAUUGGCUGCAUGGGAAAAGAGAGACAUGUCUGUCUGUAUCCCAACAAGGCGAAGCUUUCCUUGCACGGGCAAACCCCGCUCUGCAAGGACCCAGUUCGGGAUCAUCAACCUGUAUCAAAUUACCGCGCUUCCUCCAACUCCCCAGCUGCCGAUAAUCCCGUAAUUAACGGUAUCAAAUCCUCCCCAGAGCAAGACAGAACUCCAGGACCGGGCGCAGCGGUUGGAAACACCAGACGUCUGAUGCGCGAGGGGAAUCGUACGACUUUUCGCUCCCCUGCAGCCCUGCUCCCUUCUCGAGUACUGAAAGUACGACGGGGUUGGAGCGCAUGCAUGCCAACAACGCGACACUAUGCCCACGCCGUUCAAAAAGAAGGUGAUGGUUGAGGGAUAUGAUGUCUCCUUGUCGACGUGAACUCGACUUAUCCAUACCUAUAUAGGCCAGCUUGAUCUUGCGUUUGUUGGAAAGGAAGUCGAAACUGGAUCGCCCUCUUUUCUUGAACUGUUUGAUCUUGGGGCGCCCGGGAGAGUUUUGGUGGAAUAUAUGUGUGCAUUGGAUUGAUUGCAGAUGGCAGCAGUAUAUUCCAUAAUCGGAGAGUGUUUGCUG